AUGGCUAUAUUCCCCUUUGUUACGGUUACAAAUAUAGAGGCUACCUCAAGGCUUUACGAAGCAAGAUUUACUGGCCAAGGCACUCUUACUUCUGGCAAACGAGUCUGCAUUAAUGGAACCCUUAAGAGAAGAAAUUUAGUGAUGUGCCGUAUUGCAAUAAGGGACAUAGACCUGGACAAUGAGAGUAUCAAAAUCCAACAGGGUCCAUACGUUAUGAUCGACUAUACCACCACAAAGGAUCCAGUUGCCUUCCAGAAUCCUGAUAGAUUCGAUAUAUGCCGCUGGAUACGCGCGCGGGACGAUCCUGUAUUCGCUCACAAGGCUCUGCUUGUUAGUAAAUUCAGGGACGAAUAUCAAGCCGCAGAAGGAAAGUAA